GUAAUAAUGUUACAAUACAUGGUUGGUUGCGUCUCCUGGUUACUCACUGUCAGAAGAUUAAAAAGAUUUUCUUGACCGCUCUAAGGUAAUGCCAAAAUUUAUACAGUAAAGCUCUAAUAUUUUCUGAAAGUGGGCAUAAUACUUUAUUGUAACGAUAUAUUGAUUGGUAAAUUGAAGCUAAUUAUUUCCAUGUUUGCUGACUCAUGUUUCAAUAUUGCUAUACUCCAUGUAAGUCAUUAGUCUCCCUCACAGCCGUUCUUUGUGUCUAGGUUUCUCCUCACGAACGGCUGCUCACUCGAGCACAACAUUCCAUUCCCUUUGUCUUACGUUAGCCAAUCAGAUUUAGCGACAUAAAUAUCUAAAUAAAUUUAGCGACAUAAAUAUCUUAAUAAGUCCAAGGUCAUGUUUCCGAAAUUUAGAAACAUUACUGUGAUUGGUUGUUUUCAGGAAAGGAAUGUUGUGCUCGAGUGAGCAGCCGCUCGUGAGGAGAAACCUCGACACAAAGAGCGGCUGGGAGGGAGACUAGUAAGUCAUCUGUGUUUUUUUUUUAUAGAACUGUAUCUGACGAUGAUCUCAUUGCCAUUUUUGAAAACUGUACUUUCUUAGAACAACUCGACAUUCUUGGAAACUCGAAUAUUUCAAAGAAAUCUGCAGACACGUAAGCUUUAUAUGUUAUAUUUUACAAAAGGUAUUUUAGGAUUAGGUAAUCAUGCAACCGCCAAUUAAACACUACAUAGUUGUACCAUAUUUCAAUUGGAUCCUAUAUUGGAGAAGGUGUGAUUUUCCGUAUUCUAUGCAGCUAAUUCAGCACAAGAUUGCCCUAUCCACAGUGCCCUAUCCAAAGCAAAACUCAAAACCGCAAAAUCUCGAUCCAAGGCGGGGAAAGCACAAUCACAUCAUGUAAUCAAUGCGGGCAUGGAAGUUGUGUUUUGCAAAAUGCUAUUAGUAAAGAGACAUCAGUGAGCUCUCUCUCUCUAUAUAUAUACAUACAGUAUAUAUAUCUGGAGCAAAAACUCUCGAGUCCAAAAAGUGAUCCCAAGAUGGUGGAAAUUGAAGAGCUAUGCAGUUCCAGUCCCUUUCUAUUGUUUUUGCGUGCGCGGUUAAAACGAAGCUGGAAUGGAGUGUACCGAAAUUUCGUAUUUUGUCAUCGAUUUAAAGAAUAACGCUGCGGUUUUAUUAGCUGGGAAAAUGGUAGUAAAACUGUUUACGACCUUCAUAGCUAUUGGACGUCAAUUUCAGCCAUCUUGGCUUCACUUUUCGCAUAGGCCGAAUGACUGAAAUGCUUGCUCCAGAACUAUAGAGCUCACCUUUGAACUCUAAGGGAACUGUUUAAGGUUCCCUUAGAGUUCAAUAGAGCCCACUGAGAGACAUAACUUUUCUGGUUGCGCAUGCGAGUUUUGAUGUUCAGAGGACAGCGUUAAUUGAAUUAGCUGCAUGUAUACUGUGAAUCCUCCUAUGGAAUCAUCCCUGUACGUAGGAAAUCUAACACUGAUGUCAUUUCCUAUUAGAAAAUUUGCAUGCUUUCUAUGCAGGCGAGCCUAACAUAUCAAAUAUCUUCUAAAUUGUUAGAGGAGAUAUAAAGGGACCCAUGCAAAAAAUCAUCACUCAACGAACAUUUACCCAACGAAGGGGCUAGAACUAGGCCAUGUAUUGUUUUUUCUUCCAAGGGAUCGCUGUGAGUAAAAAUUUGCAUUAUUAAAAUGUCUAUUGAACAAUGUUUAUAACUUCUUUGUACGGGUUUGCAUGUGAUAAAAUGUAAUGAUUUUGGUUUGUGAUAACAAAAAAAUGGUAAAAUUUUCUGGAUCGUCAUAAAUUUGAUACUCCAGAACUACGAAUGCAACUGUAAGGCACUUUCUUAGCUACUUGAGACACUCUCAUUCAUCAUCGGUGGACAUAGAUAACCAGUAGCUUGUUUUGCCGGAGUUCAGUAUGACCUGCCAUAAGCUAUUACAGUAUGACCUGCCAUAAGCUAUUACAGUAUGACCUCAUUCUCGUACCCAGAGCCCUUCUUACGCGCGGUGCGACGAGGCGCUCUGGCCAAAUCCAUAACCGGAUACCAUAAAAACAUGGUAAGAAAACAAUAUCCGGUGUUAGAACUAGCCAAUCAGAUGCCAGUUUGGAUAUGGAUUUGGCCAGAGCCCCUCGUCGCACCGCGCGUAAGAAGGGCUCUGGGUACGAGAAUGAGUAUGACCUGCCAUAAGCUAUUACAGUAUGACCUGGGCAUAUCAGAGGCUUACGUAUCCAACGACAUAACUUUAUAGUACGAUUCCGUUGUCACUUCUCCCGCAGUUUGGUUUUUAGGAGAAUUCUUGUAAAACAGUUAUUUAAUUUUUUUCAGGGUCCUUAUGGAAUGCAAGCAUCUCAAGUUUUUUGAUGUGUCGUUCUGUUCUGAUCUGGAUGAUGAGUGGUAUCGUGGGGCUAAACAACGUUACCCACACGUGGAUUUAAAGAAGAGUGUUCAAUAUGUUCAACCUCGAGAUUAAGAACAAUUUGACGUUAGGUAAAUCCUUCGUUGAAAACUCUCCAACUAAGGUCUUGAUAACGAGGCUCUAUAUAUAUAGAGUAUAUACCAUUGGUAUAUCCUUUCCAGAAGAGUGUAUUUACCUCGCGUAUACAGCUAACCGUGGUGAUUAGGAAUCUUUUUUAUAAUUAACUAAUUAAUUAGCAAACGCUAUGUCUAUGAUUUUAUAAAAAAUAAGGUGUUGAGUUACUAGCUCUUAACCGUAUUGGAUAUAGACAUAUAUUAAAUUAUAUAUGUAAUGUAAGGAAUGUAAGAAAUUAUUUUAUUCAUAUUUAAAUGUAAAUGGGAUUGUUUUGGGGAAUAUGUGUAUAAUAUGUGAAAAUUUUCAAAUAAUAUAUAUAUUGUCUUGCAUGCACUUUCCUGCUUUACAGGUCGAAACUUGAUCAUUAUUCCAUUAUUAUUAUUAUAGAUUAUUCUGCUUACUCCUCAUUGGUGGUUUCAAUUACCGAUUAUACAUCAAGUAUUAUAUAUACGCUUAAUACUUAGUCUGGAAAGGCUAAACAGAAGUCAUUGACAUUGUGUCAUGUUUUUGUCUGAGUUUAUGUUAAUUUGUAAUUUGUUUAUGUUCAUUUGGUCUGGGCGGCUGUAUAAACUAUAUGUCGACAUAAAUAAUACAUUGUCCGAUUGUCGAUUUAUCUCUGCAAUCAGUAAAGUCUAAACUACUGAUUUGCAUUCAACACACAAAAGACAAGAUAGAUCCAAAUUAUUUCACAUCAGUGACCAUGACUUAAUCGCAACAAUUACAACCAAAUGGAAACCAUCGUACGUAGUUGAAAUUAAAAAGUACGUAUGUUGUUAUAACCAGUUUUUAAACUUUUGUUUAGUAGUUG